UGCACGCGCCUGUGAGGAGCGAGAGGUGGGCAUCUGCAGAGCUCGAGCUGUGAGCGGAGCUGGACCGACGCCAUGAGCUCGCGCCGUGUGUGAUGGAGGUGAUGAAUCGGUAAAACCGGAGCCGUGGAUGCUGUGAGGUCGCGUGCGGAGCCAGAAAACAUGAAGCUGCUGUUUGUGGUGACGCUCUUAUGGCGCGAGGCGCUCUGCGGGUCUCCGAGCGUGCAGAUAGGUGGCUUGUUUCCUCGGGGAGCUGAUCAGGAGUACAGUGCGUUCCGGGUCGGGAUGGUUCAGUUUGGGAUGACAGAUUUCAGACUGACUCCUCACAUCGAUAAUCUGGAGGUGGCAAACAGCUUCGCCGUCACAAACUGCUUUUGUUCACAGUUCUCUCGCGGGGUCUACGCCAUCUUUGGCUUCUAUGAUAAGAAGUCAGUGAACACAAUCACAUCUUUCUGCGAGACGCUGCACGUGUCCUUCAUCACACCAUCGUUCCCCGCUGAAGGCAUGAAUCAGUUCGUUCUGCAGAUGAGGCCGGACAUCAAGGGCCCUUUGGUUUCUUUGGUGGAGUACUACAAGUGGGAGAAGUUUGCAUACCUCUACGACAGUGACCGAGGUCUCUCUACUCUUCAAGUCAUCCUGGACACUGCAGCAGAGAAGAAAUGGGUUGUGACAGCAAUAAAUGUAGGGAAUCUGAAAGACGAGAGGAAGGACGAGGCGUAUCGAUCCUUGUUCCAGGACCUUGAGAUCCGUAAGGAACGACGUAUCAUUCUGGACUGUGAGCAGGACAAAGUCAAAGACAUCAUGGAACAGGUGAUCACUAUAGGUCGACAUGUGAAGGGAUACCACUACAUCAUCGCUAACCUGGGUUUUUUAGACGGUGACCUCUCUAAAAUCCAGUAUGGAGGAGCGAAUGUUUCGGGCUUUCAAAUCGUAGAUUUUGAUGAUCCUGUGGUGGCAAAGUUUGACCAGCGAUGGGAAGCUCUCGAGGAAAAAGAAUAUCCUGGAGCGGACUCACGGAUCAGAUACACCUCCGCCCUCACCUACGAUGCCGUAAACGUGAUGACUGAGGCCUUCCGCUUCCUUCACAAGCAGAGGAUAGACAUGAGCCGCCGAGGGAACAGUGGGGACUGUCUGGCCAAUCCAGCAGUGCCAUGGGCUCAGGGGGUGGAAAUCGAACGAGCCCUCAAACAGGUGCGUGUUGAUGGUCUAACAGGUAACAUCCAGUUUGACCAGUAUGGGAAGAGAAUCAAUUAUUCAGUGACCGUCAUGGAGCUGAAGAACAACGGACCUGUGAAGAUUGGCUACUGGAAUGAGGUGGAUAAGAUGGUGGUAACGAAGUCGGAUCUUUACCCAAACGACACCAGUGGGAUGGAAAACAAGACGGUCAUCGUAACAACUAUACUGGAAGCCCCUUAUGUGAUGAUGAAGAAGAACUCAGAGCUGUUUCAAGACAACGAUCGCUAUGAAGGUUACUGUGUCGACCUGGCAGCAGAGAUUGCAAAGCAUUGUGGGAUACGAUACCAGCUAAGGAUUGUGGGAGAUGGCAAAUAUGGAGCCAGAGAUGCAGAAACCAAGAUCUGGAAUGGUAUGGUUGGAGAGCUGGUGUACGGGAAAGCAGACAUAGCUGUCGCUCCUCUGACCAUCACUCUGGUUCGAGAAGAAGUGAUUGAUUUCUCCAAACCCUUCAUGUCUCUGGGAAUCUCCAUCAUGAUCAAGAAGCCACAGAAGUCUAAACCAGGAGUCUUCUCCUUCCUGGACCCCUUGGCCUAUGAAAUCUGGAUGUGCAUUGUCUUUGCAUAUAUAGGAGUCAGUGUGGUUCUCUUCCUGGUUUCCAGAUUCAGCCCUUAUGAGUGGACGUUAGAGGAGCCAGAGGACGGAGCGCUGCCCUUAACUACUGAAUCCACCAACGAGUUUGGGAUCUUUAACUCGCUCUGGUUCUCUCUGGGUGCUUUCAUGAGGCAGGGUUGUGACAUCUCACCCAGGUCCUUGUCGGGCCGGAUCGUUGGAGGUGUGUGGUGGUUCUUCACGCUCAUCAUCAUCUCCUCGUACACGGCGAACCUCGCUGCCUUUCUGACGGUGGAGAGGAUGGUCUCUCCCAUCGAGAGCGCCGAAGAUCUGGCCAAACAGACGGAGAUCGCGUACGGGACUCUGGACUCCGGAUCGACCAAGGAGUUCUUCAGGCGCUCUAAAAUCGCCCUGUUUGACAAAAUGUGGCAGUACAUGAAAUCAGCAGAGCCCUCAGUCUUUGUGAAGAAGACAUCAGAGGGCGUCCUACGAGUCAGGAAGUCCAAAGGGAAGUACGCCUACCUGCUGGAGUCCACAAUGAAUGAGUACAUCGAGCAGAGGAAACCCUGCGACACCAUGAAAGUGGGAGGAAACCUGGACUCCAAAGGCUACGGCAUCGCAACACCCAAAGGGUCCCCAUUAAGAAACGCGGUGAACCUGGCGGUGUUAAAGUUGAACGAGCAGGGGCUGCUGGACAAACUGAAAAACAAGUGGUGGUAUGACAAGGGAGAGUGCGGCAGCGGAGGAGGGGAGAGCAAGGAGAAGACCAGCGCCCUGUCUCUCAGUAACGUGGCUGGAGUCUUCUACAUCCUGGUUGGAGGUCUGGGUCUGGCCAUGAUGGUGGCGCUGGUGGAGUUCUGCUACAAGAGCCGGGCUGAGGCCAAAAAAAUGAAGGUGGCAGCCAACACCUUGUCGUCCCCCCAGCACACAGGAAACUACACACACACUCUGACUUCUCCUCAACACGCCCCCAACUUCAACCUGCUGUCCCCCAGCCACCAGCCAAACUACGCCACCUAUAAAGAAGGCUACAACGUUUAUGGCAUUGAGAGCGUCAAGAUCUAACACGGAUGAAGUUCACUGAUGCAAUGCGCUCCAAAGCUCGUCUAUCCAUCACAGGAUCGACUAGUGAGAAUGGUCGUGUCCCAGUGGCUUACCUACGUCCAGGAUUACCCAUGAGCCUCAGCAUGACUGAUCUCUCCUGACCACGCCCAAGCCAGUGCCUUACAGCCAAUGGACACACAUUUCCCCUUUUUGUCAUCUCAAUGACCAAUCACCACUCACGGUGGGUGAUCCGCCCCAAUUUGUAAUCUGGAGUUUUAAUCAUGUGUGUCUGAGGACUCCUGACCCAUUCUCACAUCUGGCCUCCAGACUGGACCGAUGUUUUCACUGUCAGGUUUAAGACCCGCCCACCUGGAAGUGAAUCCUGACUGACAGCGAGACAGACGGCUGCUCAUUUACAUCAUGAAAAACAAUCAAGCACAGUGGACAGUUUUCUAAAGUCACUCCUCAUCGUUUGGUAGAUUUUUGCCACUUGUACAGAAAUCAAGGACGACGUGAAGCUGACGACGCAAUAACAACUUCAUCAGGGAUGUGAUCAGGAACUGUAUGAAGAGGAGUGAUGUCCUGAACGUCACAUCCAUCCAAUGAUCAAGUAGAGUUACUGUUCUAGAAAAAGAUCAUAAAAAUAAUAAUAAUGUUAUUGUAAUUAACUGUUUUCUUUCAGCCUAAAAAAUCCCUGAUUAGUAGAGACUCCAAGAGCUGCAUGGACUGCUACGUGUUCACACACACACACACACACACACACACACACACACACACACACACACACACUGUACACAUACAUAUACAUUCAACAGGAAUGGGCAGGGGCACGAAAGAUGUUCAAACUUUUUGAUGAGUAACGCUUUAAAAAUUCAAACAUACGUUAGAACCUCAAAGAAACACAGAGGCACAAAAAACCUCUCACACAACAGUUCACCAUUUAAACAAGCUGAUCCUAACGGGUAAU